AAUAAUUCCACGUUAUAAUCGAAUCGUGACAUAAUGUACCGUAAUAUUGCAAUAAUAACAAUAAUUUUGGCAAUAUUUUGCUUAUAUGUUAUUGCACUAGAUUGCUAUAAAUGUCGUUCUGAUAUUGAUAAGAAAUGUGCUGUUUCACCUGGUAAAGAUUUAGAAGUUAUUGAAUGUCCAAAAGAUGAUAAAUGUGUUGUUGGAAUUUUUGAUAAAAUAACACAUCGUACAUGUUUAUCAAAACUGCGACGUGAUUGUAAUGGACCAUUAUGUUAUACAUGUAAUACAAAUUUAUGUAAUGGUGAAAUAUUUCCAAAAGAUCGUUGGACAUGUUAUCAAUGUUCUGGAUCAGCAUGUUUAAAUGUAACAAAAAGUAAAUUUACACCAUUACCAUGUCCAUUAUAUGUUGAAAAUGAUCGUUGUUUUACUGAUAUCAUUUCAAUUCAUCAUAUUAUUAGAGGUUGUGUAUCUGGUGAAGAGAAACUUUGUCCAAAUAUAUGCUUAAAAUGUGAUACAAAAGGAUGUAAUAAUGAACAAGGUGUUUUUGAAUCAAAAUGUCAAUCAUGUUCAUGGAUGCCCGGUGAAUCAAUGUAUCCAAAAGAUUUUGAUUGUAAAAGAAUGCAAAAAUAUAAUUCUACAACUGGUACUAAUCAAUGUUUAGUUGAACGUGAUAAUGAAAAUAAAACAUGUAUACAAAAAGUAUUAUUGGGACAUAAAGAAAAAUGUUAUACACAUUGGAAUCCACAUGUUAAUGUUGUUGUAAGAGGUUGUUCAACAACAAUGGGACAUUAUCCAUCUGGAAAAUUAUGGGAAUGUUAUGGUGAUAAUUGUAACAGUGAUUGUAUUACAAUGAAAUGUAAUCAAUGUGAUUCUGAUACAAAUCCAAAUUGUCGUAAUAAUACUAGAUAUUUACAUGAAAAAGAUUGUCCAGAUGAUAAUUAUGCAUGUUAUUCAUGCGAGGAUAAAAAUAGAAAACUUACAAGAGGUUGCGGUUUUCAAGCCACAACAACCGAUAAACAAUGUUAUAAUUGUUAUGAUGAUGAAGGUUGUAAUAAAGAGAAUGUAAGAACAUGUUUUAAAUGUACAUCAACACAAGAUCCAAAUUGUGCUAGAUGGAUUGAUUUAAGAAAUAUUGAUAGAGAAAAAUGUGAUAAUCCUUAUGAAAAAUGUGUUAUAACAAAAACAUCACAAUAUACGGUACGUGGUUGUGAGAAUAAAGUAAAAGAAUGUACUGAAGGUGAUCCAAAUUGUCGUCGGUGUGAAGGUUCACUUUGUAAUGUAGGUGAAUACAAUUAGAACGGAACUAAGAGCAUGAGCUGGCUUUGAACUUUCCAUGUUUUGUAAAUAAUAAACAAAAAAAAAAAUAAUAAAAUGUUAAUAAACUAUUGGGAUUAAAUAAGCGUUUAAUAAAGUA